CAAGGAGAGGGACAGUGUGAUUGACAGGUGAUGUCACAAAGACGCAGUAUAAAAGUUGAAUGUGGAGCAAAACUGAUAAUCUGAGUUUAUUUGGGGAGAUUUCCAAACCCACAACCAGUCACACACUCUUCAGAGAGGACGCUGAUAUCGACGAUGGCCGAUCAUGAGCUGGUUCUGAAGUGCUGGGGAGCCGUGGAGGCCGACUACACGGGUCACGGAGGACAGGUUCUGACCCGUUUGUUUAAGGAGUAUCCGGACACGCAGAAGCUCUUCCCGAAGUUUGCGGGCAUCGCUCAGUCUGAUCUGGAGGGAAACGCGGCGGUGGCGGCUCACGGCGCGACCGUGCUGAAGAAGCUGGGCGAGCUGCUGAAGGCCAAAGGGGAUCACGCUGCCAUUCUUAAACCGCUGGCCAACACGCACGCCAAAACACACAAGAUCGCCCUCAACAACUUCAGGCUGAUCACGGAGGUCCUGGUGAAGGUGAUGGCGGAGAAGGCCGGUCUCGACGCCGCGGGUCAGAGCGCGCUGAGGAAAGUGAUGGACGUCGUCAUCGGCGACAUCGACGGCUACUAUAAGGAGGUCGGAUUCGCCGGUUAAAGGAUCCCAAGAAAACUGGGGUCUAGAAGAAGCGCUUGGCUUGUUGUUGCUGAUAGUGAAUAGUAGUUACUGUGCAGCUAAUCAGAUUAAAAACUAUCCACAGAGAACAAAUCAUAUUUAAAACCAGAAUACACAUGCAACCGUGUUUGUUAUUGUAUGCAAAUGUGCUUUGGAAUGAACAGAGCCAAUCACGUCGAGUUUAGAGCGUCACCUGAUCUGAUGAUGCCAUCAUAACAGUGAUUUUGGAUGUGUUAGGGUCUCAGGAGGAGCGUCUAAACUUCAUGUGAAUUGCAAGUGAUUGCACAUUAAAAUAUCUUUAAUUUGGGAAAUGAUCAAUGGAAAUGAAAUUGAUGCUUCUCUUAUUUUGUUUCUCUGCACCUGCUUUGUCUUCAUUAUAACCUGCAUUAUAAACCAUAUUCAAGAUUAUGCUUUUGUAAUGCAACACUUAUCAAUAAACAUUGCUUUUACCUGCUGAAAAA